AUGUUGUCCAGAGCUGCCGUUAGAACCACCUCUCUCGUCUCCAGACGUGGCUUUUCCUCUUCUGCUAUCUCCAAGGUCGAGCACCACUGGCCUGAGGGACCUUACACCAACAUUCCUUUCAAGGUCCACAACAGAAAGAUCCCCUACUUCUUUGUUCACUGGACUUUCUUCCUUGUCGGUCUUGGCUCUCCCUUUGCCAUUUGCUACUACCAGCUCAAGAAGUCUUCUUAA